GCUAGAAUAGGCAGAACGAUAAGCGGAUGACACCUGUUGCACUUGCCUGGAGUAAAACUCACUGUAAAAGGUACUUACCUUUGACAAGAUUGAGUGCGGCACUACUGCGCAAUCUGCAAAUGUUCACGGGCCAGUCACCUGCAGCAAACGGUACCGACACGACGAAGCUGCAACACUCUUGUUUUGUUGUCAUAUUUCACAAAGCGUGCGCAUCUGUUCCUAAAUUAGCUAUUAAUUAGUGGACAACGCCUUCGUCAGGAUGCCAAUAUUACGAUUGCAAGCGCUGUACUCGUUGAAUUUUCCAAAAAUAUCCCGACUACUCACUCAUCCUGCACGAUGCAACUAUCCUGCGCAGAGAGCACUGCACAUUGUCAUACCUGGGAACGGUCCUUCGUGGCCGGAAACCCAUCUGACGGAAAGCUACAUUCACAAUCCGUCACAAAUCCCCUUCCUGUCGACCACUUUGGGUCGUCUCAUUGAAUACCAGGCGCGGACCAUUGGAGAUCGCGUGGGCUUCGUCGUGGCGUUUCAGAACAUCCGCAAGACGUAUGCGCAGUUCAGCCAGGACGCCAGCGAUCUGGCCAACGGACUGGUUAGUUUGGGACUGCAGCCUGGAGAUAGGAUCGGCAUUUGGGGUACAAAUUCCUAUGAAUGGAUGGUAAUAUUUUUUGCCGCAUCAAAAGCAGGACUGAUUCUGGUGAAUGUUAAUCCGGCAUACAAAGUCCCGGAACUGGAAUACUGCUUAAACAAAGUACAGAUGAAAGCCAUCAUUGCAGCCGAGGGUGUCGGACCGUUGAAUUACUACGACUACUUCCAAAAAUUGCAUCCAGAAAUUCAUAACAGCGCUCCGGGAAACCUGCAGUCAACGAGACUUCCACAUCUGAAGCAUAUAAUCAUGCUUACUAAAACGCCGGAAAAAUUUCCGGGAACUUAUUCGUACGAUGCCGUUGUGAGCAUGAAACGCCAGGAUAACGUUCGCGAAGUGGAAAAGCGAACAAAACUACUCCAGUCAGAUGACGCAUUUAACAUCCAGUUUACCUCGGGAACAACGGGAACGCCAAAAGGCGCGUCGUUGUCGUCUUUUGGCAUCAUUAACGCCGCGUAUUUCUGUGGUCAUCGAUUAGGUGCUAUGACUAAAACCAAAGCAAUGGUCGUUCCUUUGCCGCUUUUCCAUAUCUUUGGAUGUGUGGGAAACCUGCUGAUAUCGUGUAUUUUUGGAAUGAAAUGCGUACUCCCGUCGCCGCGGUUUGAACCGGAAGCUGUUUUCAAAGCCAUACAAGACGAAGAAUGCCAAAGCAUUUCUGCCGUUCCGACCAUGUUCCGAGAUUUGGUCAAUCAUCCAAAUUUGGCAAAUUACAAUUUAUCUUCCCUGAAUGUUGCGUUGAUGGGUGGCGCUCCAUGUCCACCGGAACUGUUGAAGGCCCUGAACGAGAAACUCGGGAUAAAGCAAGUGGCAGCCGGAUAUGGAGCAACCGAGCAGAGUGUGGCGACGUUUUUCGGAAUUCUUGGCGAUCCUGCUGAAAUUUCUACGACAACAACCGGAUAUCCUCUGUCUCAUGUUGAAGCAAAAGUGAUAGAUGUGGACGGCAGAAUAGUGCCAAUCGGGGAAAAAGGUGAAUUAUGCACACGCAGCUUUGGAACGAUGCUUGGCUAUUGGGAUGAAGAAGAUAAGACAAGGGAGAUUAUUGGGCCUGAUCGGUGGAUGAAAACAGGCGACCUGGCUAAGUUAACGGAAAAAGGAUACCUGAAAAUUGUCGGGCGCGCAAAAGAUAUGGUAGUUCGGGGUGGUGAGAACGUCUAUCCGGUGGAAAUUGAAAAUGUCCUGUUAGAGCAUGAACACGUACUGGAUGUGCACAUUCACGGUGUGCCGGAUGACCGACUGGGAGAAGAGAUUUGUGCAUGGAUUCGCCUACACGAUCAUGCGGAAAUGAUCAAAGCGCGUGAUGAACUGGAAACUGCUUUGACAGAAUUUGUGCGCAAAAAGUUGGCAAAAUACAAAUCACCCCGAUAUUACAUCUUUUAUGAAUCGCCAUUGGAUAUUCCCAUGACUCCGUCUGGAAAGGUGAAAAAAUUCGAAUUGACGGACAUGGCAAAAACACGUUUAGGACUGGGAGGAAAGACUACUUUCCAGAGCAGCUGAUUUCUGAUAAAAUUAAAUUAUGAUGCAUUUCUGGCUGAAGUUGUCAGUUUUCAUAUUUUUAAGAUUUGUUUUGUACAUCGUAGUCUAUGGCUUAUUAUGCUUACAGAUGUAUGGGUUUGCAUCACACGGUUGGUGUAAUUUAUAAAGAAUUUUAGAUUUCAGCAUGCUGUUAUUAAUGUUAUCCUUUUCGCAGUUUUUAUUAAUGUUUUAACGCACAACGCGCUUUUAACUUAGGCCUCUUGGAAAUUGCCAAAUUGAAAAUUUAUGGAAUAUCGUAAAGAUCGCAAUGUUUUAAUGAAGUGAUGAAUCGGUUUUCAUUUAAAAAAAUGGUGCCGCAGUGGUGCGUGCGCUAUUGUCAAGUUUUUUUAGAGCUUAAUGCUAUCGGCAGCGGAAAACUGUAAAAGACAAAAAAGGGCG